UAACCACCGGAAGUGUUUGCCGUUAUUCCUUGUACUCACGCUGUAACUACAACCAACCGACCGCGCGCUGGCUUUGCUAGCAAGCGAGGAAGAUGCUAGAUAGAAAUGGCGGUGACAGCAAGGCGAUCAGCAUGAAGUGCUGAUGCUUUACAUGGGUCAAAAUUUGCGAGUGCCAGGACAACGUUGGGAAAAUGACAAUGACUUCGGAGUAGGACAUCUUUUGUAACUGUCAUUACAAACCUGCAACAACUUCCCGGGAGAGUUUUCAUCUUGUCAGCGGGGGAGAGAGAGAACCUCACCGGGAGCAUGGCUUCUUACAGCAACCAGUACAUCUUUGGGGAAUUCAGCCCUGAUGAGAUCAAUCAGUUUUUUGUGACGCCACGUUGUUUUGUUGAGCUUCCUCCAUUCAAUGACAAAGUUCCAUGCGUCAGUCAGUCUUCUGGAAGUUACUGCACUCCUGCGGUACCUUAUAUUAUGGAGUCUGUUGGACUGCAGGUUUGCGCAGAAGACUAUCAGCGCAUUGAGUUUGGUGUUGACGAGGUGAUGGAUUCCAAGACUGUUGGGGUGAAUGAUCCUUUAUUCAAGGUGUCAAGCACCCUCAACCCCCAGGCUCCAGAGUUCAUCCUGGGCUGCCAGACAGCCCAGAAGGCCCAGCAGACAGCUCCUCCAGCAGCUGAUGUCCCUGAUGGAACCCACUUCAACUCGCUGGAUGGCCCUGACUCUGAGGCCUCAGCCUUGGACAAUCACCAGACCUGCCAGGACAUGGACGGACUCCCUGGCAGCCUGGGACAGCGAGAGAGGAAGAAAAAGAAAAAGCGGCCACCAGGGUACUACAACUACCUGGACCCGUCAACUGGCGGCAGCAACAACAGCAGUGCAGCAGAUGGAAUGCCUGUGACAGCACUGGUGAACGGACAUGCACUCGGUGGCCCACACCACAGUGUUGAGGAUGUGGAUGGUAAGGCAUUGUCAGGGGCUGAACUUUGCACCCCUGGACCUGUCUCCACAGCAGCAUCAGCAGCUGCUGUGGUAGCAGCCAAUUUCCCCCCCUCCUCCACUGCCAAUCAGAGGACUUGUGAUAGCCCUGAUGACUCUUCUUUGGACUUAACAAGUGGAGCUGCCUCUUUAUCAGAUGGCAACAAUGCAACUUCCCCCUCUUCAUCCUCCUCUCAAAGCAGAGGGAUGACAGAGGGGCCGAGGACUGCAGAGCAGCAGCCAGAUCAUUUGGCUCCACAGAGCCCUGAACUUUCAGAUACUCCGCACAGCCCCCUGUCCAAAUCACCAGUUUCUUCCUCACCUGCUGUGGCCACCCCCUCUGUUGCCACUUCCAAUACAACUACUGAACUCAAGGGAGGGGACGUAGAAGACAGUGGGGUGGCCAAUGGGCUCGCAGAGCCUGAUACUCCCAUCAAUACAGAUGAACACAAAGAAGACUGGGAGAGUGGGGAUCAGGCUCAGCAGGUCUCCUCUGACAGUGCUGCUCAGCCAGUAGUGACAGAGCAGGCCCAUUCACCUGCAAUUCCAGCUGCACCUACUGCCAGCCUCCCCAAAUCUUGGGCUAGUCUCUUCCACAACUCGAAGCCUCUGCCUGGGAGCCCUCAGGCCUUUGUGGAGGUAAAGAAUGUUGUGGAAGUUGUCUCUCCUUCCCUUGCCACACCAGAGCAGCCUGACAAAGUUGGGGAGGUCAAAGACAGCCCUGUCCAUGUAUCAGAGGAUCCUAUGGCCCCUAAACUUGCAGAACUUAUUGAGAAUGUGAAGUUGAUACAUAAACCAGUGUCUUUGCAGCCGAGAGGACUGAUCAACAAGGGAAACUGGUGUUAUAUCAACGCUACCCUGCAGGCCCUAAUUGCUUGCCCUCCCAUGUAUCACCUGAUGAAGUCCAUUCCCCUGCACAGUGAAAUGCAGAGACCGUGUUCCUCCACACCCAUGAUGGACAACUUCGUAAGGCUGGUGAAUGAGUUCAACAAUAUGCCUGUGCCAUCAAAAGCCAAACAGCAAGCUGUUGGUGAUAAGGUCAUGAAAGACAUUCGGCCUGGUGCACCUUUUGAGCCAACUUACAUUUAUAAACUCCUCACUCUCAUCAAGUCGAGUCUCUCUGAGAAGGGCCGACAAGAAGAUGCGGAGGAGUAUCUUGGCUUCACUCUCAAUGGAUUGCAUGAGGAGAUGCUGGCAUUGAAAAAACUAAUCUCGCCUCAGGAAGAGAAAGCUCCCACACCCAACGGGCCUGAAUCCCAGCCAGGUGAAGAGGACAUUGUUGCUGAUAAGGAGGAAGAAGAAGAAGGUAGUGAGGAUGAGUGGGAGCAAGUGGGCCCCCGAAACAAGACUUCUAUCACUCGCCAGUCUGACUUUGUUCGCACACCGAUCACUGAUAUCUUUGGCGGGCACAUCAGAUCGGUGGUGUAUCAACAAAACUCUAAGGAGUCAGCCACUCUGCAGCCGUUCUUUACCCUGCAGCUGGACAUCCAGUCCGAGAAGAUCCGCACUGUUCAGGAGGCUCUGGAAACCCUGGUGGCACGAGAGUCUGUCCAGGGCUACACUUCAAAAACCAAGCAGGAGAUUGAGAUCAGUCGGAGAGUAACUCUAGAAGAGCUGCCACCUGUGUUAGUGCUCCAUCUUAAGAGAUUUGUUUUUGAAAAGACUGGAGGUUGCCAGAAACUGACCAAGAACAUCGAAUACCCAGUUGAUCUGGAAAUCAGCAAAGAUCUCUUGUCCUCUGGAGUACGAAGCAAAGUUGUGAAAGGCCAAAGAACUUACAGGCUCUUUGCAGUUGUCUAUCACCAUGGGAACAGCGCAACAGGCGGUCAUUACACCACGGAUGUCUUCCACAUCGGUCUUAACGGCUGGCUGCGCAUCGACGACCAGGCAGUGAAGGUCAUCCACCAGUACCAGGUGGUGAAGCAGACUGCGGAGCGCACCGCCUACCUGCUGUACUACCGCCGUGUUGACCUGCUGUAGACGCACACACGUCCCAACAUACACACCAGACCACCUGUAUACAUUCACAUCUGCGCACAACACAUACAUGCUCAGAAUGCGCUUGCUGACAUUACAGUACAUCUACAGGAUGCAAACAUACACCAAACUAAUGAACAGGAACACUGCCCAACUUGUUCUCUUGCAAGAUUUUCCUCUACUUCCCUCCUGUCGCUUUACUGAGAACCAGCUUUUCCAAAACCCCUUUCCUUCUCUCUCUUUUCUUUUGAAAGAAGACAACAACCAAGCUGCACUCACAGUUUCCCUGUGACUGCUCUCUUCUCUUUGUGCACCUCUGCUGUGUUUUUGUUUUUUUUGUUUUUUUGUUUGUUUUUUUUUUCUUACUUUUAAAGCAGCAAGGAAGGACUGUUGAAUAGGCAGAUGCUGGGUUGGGGACUUGCCUCUGAGCCCACAGCUCGGCUCAGAUAGCAACUUGCUCGAAUGGGAAGAACUGUCAACCACAGGCUGCAAGUGGACUGCUGGGGUAACUUCUCUUUUUUGAAUGACCUUUUUUUUAAGGAAAUGACCUAGAAAUAUCAGUGUUUUUUCUUUUAGCAAAGGAGAAGUGUUGGCCUAAUGAAUUUACCACAAUUUAAAAGCCUAUUUGAAUUUGCCCUAGUGCACUGAACAGGCCCAGCACCAGCAUCAUCAUGAGUCUCUCCUCCCUUGGCCAGAUUGUGUUCUUCGCUGCCACCAACAACUUCUCCUCCUCCUCAGUUUCCUCACUUUUAUGAUGCUUUUAAAUCUAGCUACAACUUGAGCCAACAAAGACAAGUGUUAAAAAGAUGGUACAUUGAAUGGUAACUGAAAAGCUUCUUUGUAUGAGAGAUCCUUGUGUUAUCUGGCUUUAGAUUUAGAAAGACUAUCAAAAAAAAAAAGCGCUUUAGAGUUUAAUAAUAAGCUUCCGUGCACAGAAUAUAAACUGAUUGAUGAUUACAAUAUGACAGGCAAAUGCAUAUUUUGCAAAUAUUUAGAUCAAAAUGUAAAAAAAAAAAAAGAGGAAAAAAAAUCUAGGUGACUGAACACAUGUUGGGAUCCUGAAAGACCGUGCUAGUUUUAGACUCAAGUCUAAAAACGUCUACACUUGUAGACAUUCAGUUCUUUCACUGGACAGACAACCAAUCAAGACAGAUUUACUAUCUCGUUCUUUCUUUAUCCAUUCAUUUUUUUUCGUCUUGUCAGGUUCCACCUGUGUAUAGGUGACUUCUCGGUGUAGAAUGGAGCCACACCACCCUUCCUACCCCCAACUCGGCAGAAAGCAGCGGCUGCCUUAGGUUCAGUGUGUGGUGUUUGUCCACUCAGUGCACGUGUCUAACCUUAAUCAGACAGCAACGGCUAGCCUAAUGUCUGUGAACAGUUAGGGGAAUGUACCUGACACGUCUGUGUUCACUCUGUUGUGGCUCAGUGUUUCCUCCUCAUCAAGGGAAACUGUUGAGAGGAAAGGCAACUUCAUCUGUGCUAAGCUCUGCACAAAAUCCUUGGACAUGCGCACAAAGAGUUUGCUUUUGUUAGAUGUUUUUUGGAUCAUUCAUUGUGUUUUUUGUUUUAAAUUUGUUUUAGUUCCUGAGAUAUGUUAGGUUUUUUGGGCGGGGGGAUUUAUUAGAUGUCCCUAUGCCAUCGAUUCCUUCAGAAAAAUAUGCUUGCAUUUGAAUUGGUGUUACAAAUUACACAGGCUAAAGCACAACAAAUAAAAUAGAACUAGUUAUUGGA